AUGGUCCACUCUUUCAUCGUUCUCAGGCGAUUUGCAUUUGCUAAAUGCACAAGUUUUCAGAGUAAGCUUAUUAACCUCUAUGCCAAGUGUGGGAGUUUGGUGUAUUCUCGAAAAGUGUUUGACCACAUGGAAGAGCGAGACAACGUCUCAUGGAAUACGAUUAUUGCAGCAUACCGGAGACAUGGGUAUCCUCACGAGGCAGUCAAACUGUUUCACCAAAUGCAACGAACAAGACUCCAACCUAAUCAGUUCACCUCUGCCAGCGUACUCCCUGCCUGUGCCAAAAUAGGAGCUUUAGAAGAGGCUAUGGCCAUCCAUCAAAGCAUAAGGGAUAGAGGAAUUUUGUCAAAUGUUAUAGUUGCAACUUCCCUGGCAGACAUGUUUGUAAAAUGUGGAAACAUAAACGAGGCUCGUGAACUGUUUGACAGAAUGCCUUAA